GGGCUUGCUCAUUCAGUCACAGUCACAGCUACCAUGCCAGGGAGGACCUGGGAGCUGUGCCUGCUACUGCUGCUGGGGCUGGGACUGGGGUCCCAGGAGGCCCUACCCCCACCCUGUGAGAGCGAGAUUUACUGCCACGGGGAGCUCCUACACCAAGUUCAAAUGGCCAAGCUCUACCAGGAUGACAAGCAGUUUGUGGACAUGCCACUGUCUGUAGCUCCAGAACAAGUCCUGCAGACCUUCACUGAGCUGUCCAGGGACCACAAUCACAGCAUCCCCAGGGAGCAGCUGCAGGCGUUUGUCCACGAACACUUCCAGGCCAAGGGGCAGGAGCUGCAGCCCUGGACCCCUGCAGACUGGAAAGACAGCCCCCAGUUCCUGCAGAAGAUUUCAGAUGCCAAACUGCGUGCCUGGGCAGGGCAGCUGCACCAGCUCUGGAAGAAGCUGGGGAAGAAGAUGAAGCCAGAGGUUCUCAGCCACCCUGAGCGGUUCUCUCUCAUCUACUCAGAACAUCCCUUCAUUGUGCCUGGCGGUCGCUUUGUUGAGUUCUACUACUGCUAUGGGCAUGUCCCCAAUGGCGGGCGCGUAUACUACCUGCAGCGGAGCCAGCCCCCACUCUUGACCCUCAUGAUGGAUUGCUACCUGACUCACACCAAUGACACCGCCUUUCUACAGGAGAACAUUGAGACGCUAGCCUUGGAAUUGGACUUUUGGACCAAGAACAGGACUGUCUCUGUGAGCUUGGAGGGAAAUAACUACCUCCUGAAUCGCUAUUAUGUCCCUUACGGGGGACCCAGGCCUGAGUCCUACAGCAAAGAUGCGGAGUUGGCUGACACCUUGCCAGAAGGAGACCGGGAGGCUCUGUGGGCUGAGCUCAAGGCUGGGGCUGAGUCUGGCUGGGACUUCUCUUCACGCUGGCUCAUCGGAGGCCCAAACCCCAACUCGCUUAGCGGCAUCCGAACGAGCAAACUGGUGCCUGUUGACCUGAAUGCCUUCCUAUGCCAAGCAGAGGAGCUGAUGAGCAACUUCUAUUCCAGGCUGGGGAACAACUCCCAGGCGACCAAGUACAGAACCCUGCGGGAGCAGCGCUUGGCCGCCCUGAACGCAGUCCUGUGGGAUAAGGAGACCGGAGCCUGGUUCGACUAUGACCUUGAGAACAAGAAGAAGAACCGGGAGUUUUACCCAUCCAACCUCACUCCACUCUGGGCCGGGUGUUUCUCCGACCCUGGCGUGGCGGACAAGGCUCUGAAAUACCUGGAGGACAACCGGAUCCUGACUUACCAGUAUGGGAUCCCGACCUCUCUCCAGAAGACAGGCCAGCAGUGGGAUUUCCCCAAUGCCUGGGCCCCGCUGCAGGACCUGGUCAUCAGAGGCCUGGCCAAGACACCUUUACGUCGGGCCCAGGAAGUGGCUUUCCAGCUGGCUCAGAAUUGGAUCCGAACCAACUUUGAUGUCUACUCGCAGAAGUCAGCCAUGUAUGAGAAGUAUGACGUCAGCAACGGUGGACAGCCCGGUGGGGGAGGAGAAUAUGAAGUUCAGGAGGGCUUUGGCUGGACGAAUGGCGUGGUCCUGAUGCUGCUGGACCGCUAUGGUGACCGGCUGACCUCAGGGGCCCAGCUGGCUUUCCUGGAGCCCCACUGUCUGGCGGCCACCCUUCUGCCCAACCUCCUGCUCAGCCUCCUGCCAUGGUGACAGCCCUCCCCUCCUCACCUGGCCCCAGCUCCUGCCCCAUUAAACCUCUGCACCAGUUCCUGCCUUCCCCUGCCUCUUCAUGCCCUCCUACCUCCCAGCCUGUCCUCAGAGUGAAGUGGGGGCAGGGUCAUGACCUGGAGGUCAUGGGUAGGGGCCUAGCUCCCUCCUGGAACCUUGAAUAGGGUGGAAAUCCUGCUCUGGAGGGAAGACCUAUCCCCGAGUGCCUCAGCGCCAAGCCCCACACCUCCGGCCUUCCACUCACUUCCGUAGUCCAAAGGCUUUAUUGUUCUGCUGAAAUGCUUACAAAUACUGAAAACCCCCAGCCUGGGCCCAGGCAACCAAGGGCUCAAUGCUGGUAAGGAGAGCAGGGGAGGUGGGCUUAGUGUUAAGGCAUGAAGAGUGAGGCCAGACAGCUGGAGGCCUGGUCCUCCACUCUCCAUUUCCAUCGCCUUUCGGAGGCUGAAGGAAGGAUGGCGGCACCACAGGGCCCUUCCCCUCUGCUGCAUCAUCUCCUGCUCAGGCUUUCCCUCUAGGAGCAUUGGAGGAAUCCUCUUUCCCUGUCGGAAACUUAGCCCUGUACAGAACUCCAACCAUAACCCUUCUAGCUUCCUCUCCCAACUGCAUCGCUCCUCCUCUGUUCCAUAGAUCCCCCGGCUUCAUCCCUUCUGGCUCUAAGCAAGGCACCAGUGGAAGGGAGAGGGCUGGACUGGGGGGCUGGCAGCCUGUGCAUCAGGGCUGAAGACACAGGCAGGGGGCAGGAAAAAGGUGUUCAGUCCCUUCCCCCCAGCAUGAGAUGCCCAGGGGCCUGGGCUGGAGAGAUGAUGGCACGUACCCUUAGAUGGCCCACAGCUGAAGCAGUGGGCUGGGCCACAGAGCUGCAGCAAUUAGUAUGUAACCAUGGCAAUGAAGCAGUCACUAUGGUAACCAUGGUGAUGGGUCUGCAACUAGGGGAUGGAGCUGGGACCUCAAGGUUGA